CCUCUUGGAUCGUUCUCUGCGCAUGCCCGACAAAUGUUGCUGCCGUAGCCAGACAGCAGCAGCACGGAGAUCCAACACCGGGGAUGGUCUCUUCAUUUUUUUGAAAAAACGAUAUCAACGUUGUAUCUCCACACAAUGAAGUUUCCUUAUUCAUAGAUGCACGAGGAUAUGGUGAGGAGAAGGUGUCCCAUGCUGCAUUAGUGGAAGAGUGACAUGCUGGCCUGUCUGCCAGCAUCAGGUGACCCUACCAUCAGAUCUUUCUCUUGCACGCAGAUGAACACUGGACUUCAGAAAUGGGAAACUACACAGAAGAUGAGAUCUGCCAGCUAUCCAACCCCAGCAGAGUUGGAUGCGUAUGCUAAGAAAGUUGCCAACAACCCUCUGACGAUUCAGAUCUUCCCCAACAGUGUCAAAGUACCUCAAAGGAAGCACAUUCGCCGCACAGUCAACGGGCUUGACACAUCCUCGUCCAGCCAGCGCCACAGUCCCUACCCCUCUCAGGUCAGCUCCAGUAGGGGUCUGCUGGCUGUCCUCCGUGCGCCUGCCAAAGGCGUCAUCAAAGAGUCAGACAGUAGCCGCGCCCGACAGCUUCAGAAGGUCGUCAUGAACCCUCAAAGUGGGCCGUACGCUGCUCAAAGCACUUUAAAUCUUCCUCAACCUGCUCCUCACCUACAGGGUCCGUCUCAACCUGCGGCCCAGAAGCAGGGUAUGGUUCACCCACAGGCGCUACAGCAAAGCAUGAAUCAUCCAAUGACUUUACAGCAGCCUCAAACUAUGCCUCACCCACAGGCUUUACAGCAAAGGAACAUGGCUCAUUCACAAGCUAUGCAGCGUCAGCAGAGUUUGUCCCAGGUUCAGAAUUCACAACAAAGAUUGACUCAUCCACAAGGCAUACAGAGGCAGCAGGGUCUGCCUCACACCCAGGCGCAGCAGCAGCAGCAGCAGCAGAAGAGCCAGUCUUGUCCACCAGUCGUACCACAGCAGCAUCUUUCUCAUCUGCAGACACUAAAGCAUCAGACGGCUCCUCCGCAAGCUUUACUUACACAACAAGGAGUGACUCAGGAUCAGCGGCACAUGUCUGAUGGAGCUCAGCUUCCGAGCCUGCAGCACAACCAGGGGCUGGUUGUCUCACAGCCCCUUCCCCAAGCUGUGGGUACAGGACCUUCUACCAUGCCUAAUAGCCUCCAGCAGCCCCCACUGGGGGCAUACGGGCCCCGGAAGCUCCCUGACGCAGAUGCCCCACCAAAUGUAACUGUAUCUACCUCCACCAUCCCACUGUCCAUGGCAGCCAGCCUGCAUCAGAACCGGCCAAGUGACCUGAGCAGCAUUGUGCACCAAAUCAACCAGUUGUGCCAGGCACGGGCGGGUAUGGGCACCACCUCAGUCUGUGAGGGCCAGAUCGCAAACCCCAGCCCCAUCAGCCGCAACCUUCUGAUCAACGCCAGCUCAAGGGUAUCCUGUCACCACCCGGCUCUGGGCUCUGUGCCUAGCUGCCUCAUGGUGGGACCCCAAGACAAAGUAACAGCUCACACUCCCAAUGCUGCUCUCCAUUCACAGCCCAAUAUAGCUGCUACUAAUAGUAUGCCUGCCUUUCACGCAGACCCAGAGAAGGUACAACUGCAGCAGCAUCAGCAGCUGCAGCACCAUUUACAUCAGCAGAAACAACAGCAGCAGUUGCAGCAGCAACAUUUACACCAACUACAGCAGCUGCAGCUGCAGCAGCAGCAGCGCUCCUGGGCGCAGCAUCAGAUGGCCCACAUGCAGCAGCCCCCUGAGGGGGCCCAUCCCUGCAAGAACCCGAGGAUGGAGCCUCCCACUGAGUGUGCUUUCCCCUCUCGAAACCUCAACUAUUCCCACAAGCUACCCAACACUGCACAGUCCUUUCCUCUAAAACACCCUGCAGAAAAACCACAACCUUCAUCCCCUGUUAACUGCCCAGUAGGUUCUAUGCCUUAUAUUAAUGGCCACUACAUGCAGCCACGGUGGGGCAGCAUGCCAGCUACAGCAGGUAACAAUGGAUCCGGCCCUCAGGACCUCCCAGUGGCUUUCCAGGGAGGGCAGGCUGCUGCCUCCACAGACCGCAUCCUAGGGGCAAAGUACAGGCCAGGGAAGGAGGGUCCUCCCGGCCAGUCCAAGUUGAUGCAGAAUGUGGAUUUCUUAGGAGGGGAAUUCCAGAUGCCCAGUUUUCAGGAGCAGAACAUGGAUCAUGUGAUGGAGAAGAUGCACAGGUCAGCCAUGGGCCAAGUUCAGGAUCCCAACAAUGGGGGGGGUGCUCAUGCUCAUCACCCAGGCUAUCAUUAAAGCGUGCGCUUAUCCCCCCUUGGUGUGUUCUUGGGUUUUUCUCAACAGCUACUUUCAGCUUCUGUUGUUUGUUCUUUAAGAUCUUGCAAGUGAUCAAUUAAAUGUUAAAGCUUCAGAGCUUGAUUUGUAGAGCCACCAGGUUGUGAUGUUUCAAAGUAUUCCUCAGGUCUUAAGCCAUGUCGUACCUUUGUUGCAGAUGAAGGGUUUUUGAGAUUGUUGUCCACAGUAGAAUUCCUCUUUUCAUCACUGGCAUGGAUGUGCUGCUCUUUGUUCAUGUAUAUAUGGUGUUUUUAAAAUAUUAAUUUGCAGCUGAGAAUAUGCUUGCCAUAAGAUUGUCACAGUGCUUUUCCUAGGUUGACAUGGAACAACUCGACUUUUUUCAGCAUUUGUGGCCUUACACCUGCCCAAAGGCAAGAAUUAGGAUGUCCUUGUGUAAUGUUUUUAUUUGCAAUUAUUUAUCCACUUAACAGGUGUGUGUGUGUGUGUGUGUGUGUGAUCCAUUUAAAUACGAAGGUUACAUGUAUAUGCAAUUAUUAAGACUGUUGCUGAGGUUUUUCUCCCUGGUGCUCUCCCCCAUAGUUGAGUAGUACACUUGUUAAUAGGUGAGAGCCACAACUCCUUUCAGGACGACAACAUGGCUUCUGAGCUGCACUGUGAGGGGUCCACGUAGUUUGUGCAUGUUUCCAUGGGUGACCACAGUGUGCAGAAACGGCUAACUAUCACUGUUAGAGAGACGGUUAGCUCAAAAAUCAAAUAAACAUAAUGUUCCUCUUAAGUGCUAUUUAUCAAUCUAGAUUGUUUUGGUGUUAGUUUCCAAAUUGUUGCUGGGUGGCUGAAUGGGGGGGGGGGGGGUUGAGUACGAGCCUCUCAUCCACGAGUAGAUGCACGCUUCCCUCUGUGCUGUGAUACGGUUUGCGGAUGUAGUUUGGUAAAGAGUCCCUAUAUGAAACUGCACCACAAGGUCUCUGGAUUAUCUAGAGUCAUGAUUUCUGGAAAGGGACAUGGCUGUUUUUUUUGGGCGUUUUGAGCACCACAAGCCGUCUAGUUCCAUUAUAUUGAAGGACUCUGCAACUCGUACAAAACAAUCUAGAUUGAUAAAUAGCCCUACAGGUAAGGGCAAACCUAUGUAUGUUUUAUUUUGGGAUGAACUCUUAAAAAAAUAAGACAAAGCCAUCACUAGUUGCGUUCUCCAUUUAGUUUCUCUUAUGCUUGGAAAGUCUAAAGUGCCCUCUUGUGUGUAAUAUUUCAUGAAUUGCUUUUGAAGUACUUAUUUUAUUACAGUUUUUGUCGUGUUUCUGUAGAUGGUCCUACUUGAACUGUAGAAAUUACUUUUUUAAAUGUUAUGCCUAACAUUUGGCAAAAGGAGCAGAAACUCCAUUAGCCCCUAUUUGUCAAUAGCUAAUGUGAAACAGAAUGGCAUCCCAUUAAUAUUAAAAUGGUGUAUGUAUGUGAAAAGAGAAUUGAUCACUUGCAAGCAUGCAAGUACUUCAAAUCCUCCAACACAUUUCCUCACCACUUUACUACUGUAAUACAAGUGAACUGAUGUGGUGUGGACAUUAUCUGUGUUGCUUGUGGUGGGCCGUUCAUCUACUAAUCACUGGCCUUACCCUGUGUUGUAUUUCUGCUACCUAUAAAGAAAAAAAGUAAGAACAUUUAAUGCAGGUUAUGUUUCGCUAGAUGUGUCUAGCAUGAAGCUCUGGACCCAUAUCCUCUAGUCCUUUUUCGGGUUGAUGUUGUAUGGGCAUAUGUUGCUCUGCUAGCCGCAAGCCUUCUGGAAAAGCCUUAAAUGUCAUGGUAGUUAUCCUCUAAUACGAACCUUAACUGACUUCCUUUGCCAGGAUCCCGACUUAAUUACGGCUUCAUUAUGGAAGCCUGUUUCCACCAGUUUAAAAAAAAAAAGAAAAAAAAAAAAAAAGUUAAACUUGGUGAUGAAAAGAAUAAAAACCAAUCCUG